AGAAAUGACUUAAGUUUUAGUGCUAUUUAGUACAAAUAUUUCUAUUAUUUAUGGCCAUGAUGAAAGAAAUACAUAGCCGGAAACAAGCUGCUGAUUUACGAGCACGAACAUGUCUAUGAUCCCGUCUCCGGCCGGCCGCUCACCGGCGCCUGGAUUUGGGACUCCGCCGUCUUCCUCUCCGAAUGGUUGAUAUCAUCCCCGGCUCGGCGGACGAGCUUUGACUUCGCGGGAAAAACGGUGAUCGAGCUCGGUGCCGGGGCGGGGCUUCCCGGCAUGACGGCGGCGGCGGUGCUCGGGGCACGCCGGGUCGUGCUGACGGAUGUGGAGGCGUUGGUCCCCGGGCUGAUGAAAAACGUGGAGGCGAACGGGCUCGGGGACCGAGUCGAGGCGAGUCGACUCGUGUGGGGCUCGGGAGAGUGGCCAAGUCGACUCGCCUGGUUGGAGGCGGCGGCGGACGUGGUGCUGAUGUCGGACGUGAUGUACGACGCGGAGGCGAUGGCGGGGCUGGCGGAGACGGUAAAGAAGGUCUGCAGCAAGGGGACAAAAGUGUGGGCGGCAACGGAGGUGCGGGCGUCCACGGGGGAUUGCCUCGCCGAGUUGGAGAAGACGGGAUUUGGAAUCGUUCAACUUCCGAGUCAACUCGGCGAGGGAUUGCCACACCGUUUUGACGACUUCGUAAUAUUUGAGCUGAUCCCUCCCACAAAGAAAGAAAGUUGAAGAUAAUUAUGGUUCCUGAAUAUACUGGAUUUUUUUAUUCAUAUGUUCGAGUUAAUUUUAUGGUAUUUUUGGAAAGAUUUCAAAUACAGAUUUAGUUCAAAUUCUAUAUUUAGGAAAUUUUAAAAAUUUAGAUUUGAAUUUGAGCUAAAUUUCUCUCAUUCAUAUCGUAAUUCAAUUUGAAAUCGAUACAACUCACUUUCUUAUUUAAAUUUUGAAAUUGAGAUGUAUUAUUUAAAAUGAAAUACUACUUCCCAA